AUGCAUGGCUUAAUCUUUGAGACAAGCAUAUGCUACUGGCAGGAUCAACGCAGUAGGGGGAAGCGAGCGCGACGACGAGGAGCCGGGCGUGCCGGUGGGGGGGGGGGGGUGGGAGAGGCAGACCGCCGCGAGGCGAGGGAGCCGAGAGAGGAGGGGGGGCCGGGAAGGGCGCUCGCCGGCCGGGAGAGCCGACCGCCCCGGCCCGCCCGCGGCGAGGACGCCGGACCGCGACGCCACCCUCGGGUCCGCGAGGGUCGCGGCGCGUCGCCGCCACCGCGGGAGGCACGAGGGGGGGGCGGGGUGGUGCGGCGGGGAGGAGGGCGGCGGGCCGCCCUGCUCUCCCCUCCUCCUCCCGCCCGGCCGGGCCACACCGGGGACGGCCGACGCGCGCCCUCGGCGUCCGUCCGUCCACCGCCCAGAGCGGGGCGGGGACGCCGGGCGGCGAGGACGCGGCGACCGGCCCGCGGCGGGGCAAGACCGGGGACCCGUCCCGCGCUCGGGCGAGCGCACCGGGGCGGGGGCGCCCCCUCGUCCGGCACGCGACGGCGGCGGCGGCGGCGGCGGCGACACGGGCGACGGAUCGGGGCCGCGGCGGGCCCGGGAAGCGAGGCACACCGGGGCACGCGGCCCCGGGGAGCAGCAGACGGCGAGGGGACCGAGGCGGACGGACGGGCGGAGAGGGGCACCGACGGGAUGCGGCCACGCGGGGCCGACACCGCGCAACCGGCGGCGGGGGUGGGGUGGCCGCGCGCCACCGCGAGGGGAACGGCCCAAAGCGAGCCGGGGGAGGGGACGCGAGUCGGCCGCCGGGGCCCACCGCGGGAUCUCACCGCCACAGGCCCUCCCGGCACAGGGGCGGUCCCGCGGCGCCACCCGCGACGAAGGACUGGCGCCCCCACCCUCGCGGGGCUCGCGGCCACCGCCACCGCCACCCCCGGAGCCGCAGCCGGCCCGGGGAGAACACUCUCCCGCCGCACACCGGCGGCCCCCCCCCCCACGGCCCUCACGCGCGCGGGCUCCCCCGCCCCGCCCCCCUCGCUCAGGGCUUUCCGAGGGCACUGCACCGCUCCGCCCGGGGACGCCACCGGCCCGGCAGGGGCCGGGGGACGACACCCACGUGAAGGCGAGGCGAGGCCGGCUCGGGCCCGGGCAGGGGACGGGAACGCGGGCGGUCGCACGCGCGGGACGAGGAGAGGCGAGGCGAGGCCGGCGGCGGCGGGGAGGGGCCGGCGAGCACGCACGGCGGGGGCCGCGGGACAGGGACGCGGGCGCCGUCCGGGGACCGGAGGAAAAAGACCGGGCCACGCGGCCGGGCCCCCAGGAACACCAGCGCGGGAUCCCACCGCCACCCGCACGCGAGGGCGGUCCCGCGACGCCCGGGGCGCCGGCCGGCCCCGGCCAUCCCCGGAGCGUGGCCCGCGACCCGGCCCCGCCGCCAGGGCCGGCGAGCCGUCCACCCGUCUUCCGCCAUCCAUCCGCCACAGAUCCGUCUUCCGUCUGAGUCUGAACCCCGAGGCGCGACAACCCGGGGACGACGCUCUCGAGCGAGGCGGCCCGGACCGUGACCGCACGCCGCCACCGGCUGCGGCUCAGGGGGCGAGGGCGGGCGCGACGGGCUCCCCCUCACCAACGGCCGCGGGGCCGGGGAAGCCGAGGCCGACCGGGCGUCGCGCCCCGACACGGCCCCCCCUUCCCCCAGGGCUCACCCCACGGGGGCCGGCCGCACGCACACGGCCCCCCACCUGCCGGACGCCCGGCGGGGCCCAGCGGGACCCUCCCCCGACUCGGAGGGGGGAGGCGCGGGCCGCGAGAAGGCGUUCUCACCGAGGGCGCGCCGUCCCUCCCCCGGACCGUCUCGCCUUCGGGCUCACGGAGGCGCUCCACGAGCCGCCCGGCCUCAGCCGGGCGGGAGGGGUCUGCGGUACAGGGAAGCGGACCACCACACAGGAGCGUGUGCGCGGUCAGGGCCAGAGCAGAGCCCGCGUCCCGCCCCCUGCAAGGCCUCAUCCGCCGAGGCCUCCGCGACGAGGGGAACGGGCACGCCUCUCCCUUCCGCCUCGACCCCCCCGAAAGACAGCCACGCUCGGGACACACACGCCACCGUGGCGGGGACCCGAGGGGGACGCCGGGUUGAGGGAAACGACACCACCGCUCGGCCUCAGGCACCUGAGGGACGACCUGGAGCGCUCCAGGGGCACCACCGAGGGUCACACGAGGCACGCUCGCACACCCGCGUGGGGCGCGCAGCGCGGCAGCGGCGGCACAGCCCUCCCCGCCACAGGGAGGGCCGCUCGCCGGGCACACGCCGAGGAGGCGAAGCGGGAGCGACCUGCCGUGUCAGAAGACCAACGGCCCCCACUGACGCCCCGAGGCAGGGGACGGGAGACCGAAGAUCAGGGCCAGAGGCCACACCCAACCCCUGCCUUCCUCACCCUCCCUGACGGGCAGCGGGGGGGGGAAGACAAGCGAGGGGCCCCGCGGACAGACCGAGAAGAGCGGACACGUUCACCGGGAACGCCCGUCCCUCGUCCGGCACGGUUUCGGCUCGGCCCGGGAGAACACGACCACACCACAUCGAUCCGUGGAGCCGAGGUGGAGCAGGGGGAGGCACGGCGAGGACAGUCACCAGAGGGGCCCGCUUUCAGCCUCGCCGGCAGCCUCCAUCCCCCCCCACCUCGCCUCGCCUCGCCUCGCCUCAGGCGAGAGCGGCCAACGACCCCGAGAGAACACCUGACAGGUGGCGCGGAGCCCACAGGGCGGGGGUCGUCCCAGCCGCCACCAGGUGCCCACAGCGGGGGUGAAGGGCGCCGAGGGUAG